CCAAGAGCUCACAGUCACAGUGGGAUCAGAGAUAGUGCAGAUAGAGACGUCACCUCUCUGCCCUCACUGCUUGCCUUCUGGACUUGGGAGUGUUUGGACUGCUAAACAGGUUGCUUCUCCAACAAGCCUCCUUAUAAAAGAAGUUGACUUUUCAAGCUGCAUGAAGAGGAUUGUCAGUGAGGGGUACUUCCUGAGUGAUCUGGAUCUGAUUAGAGCAUGGAACUGUUCAACUUGGUGCUGCAGAGAGGUAACCAGUGGUGGAAAACUGAGUGACCACAGUUGGCAGAGGAUUUGUUGCAGUUUUUCUGGAACAAUGGAGAGAGGCAGAUGUUUUUAGUAGAGAACCUGAGUGUGAUGAACCUUGAUCGAAGCGACAGGAGGGAACGUCCAUCACCCCGUGGGUCAGACAUGGAGGCUCGUUCGGGGGGAAAGAUGGGGAAGAUGACGUCUGUGGUAUUCCAGAGGAGCUCUACCUCAGACGACGACUCUGGCUGUGUGCUGGAGGAGUAUGCCUGGGUGCCACCCGGACUCAGGCCUGAACAGGUCCAGAUGUAUUUCGCCUGUCUACCCGAAGACAAGGUGCCGUACGUCAACAGCCCGGGAGAGAAGCACAGGAUCAGACAGCUCCUCUACCAGCUGCCACCGCAUGACAAUGAGUUGCGCUACUGUCAGUCUUUAACAGAGGAGGAAAAGAGGGAGCUCCAAAUGUUCAGCAACCAAAGGAAGAGGGAGGCACUAGGCAGAGGAACGCCAAAGAUCCUCCCGAGAGCCCUGCAACACACCCGUUGUGAAAAUUGUCGUGGAGGGAUUAAUGGAGGGGAGAUGGCCAUUUUUGCCUCCAGAGCUGGGCCAGGUCCCUGCUGGCACCCGGCCUGCUUUGCAUGCUCCACAUGCCAAGAGCUCCUGGUGGAUCUCAUCUACUUCUAUCAAAAUGGCAAAAUCUUCUGCGGAAGACACCAUGCUGAGCUCAUGAAACCCCGCUGCUCCUCUUGUGAUGAGAUCAUCUUUGCAGAUGAAUGCACUGAGGCGGAGGGACGUCACUGGCACAUGAAGCACUUUGCCUGUUUUGAGUGCGGGACGAUGCUGGGCGGACAGCGAUACAUCAUGAAAAAUGGACGUCCCUACUGCUGUGGGUGCUUUGAGUCCCUGUAUGCAGAGUACUGUGAGGCCUGUGGGGAAAACAUUGGCGUUGACCAUGCCCAGAUGACCUAUGAGGGUGUUCACUGGCACGCCACCGACCAAUGCUUUUGUUGUGCCCAAUGUAAGACGUCCUUGCUGGGUUGUCCCUUCUUACCCAAGCAAGGUCGCAUCUAUUGCUCAAAGGCCUGCAGCCAAGGUGAAGAUGUACAUGCCUCGGACUCAUCAGAUUCUGCUUUCCAGUCGGCCCGUUCUCGGGAGUCCCGCCGGAGCAUUCGCAUGGGGAAGAGCAGUAGGCCUGCUGAAGAGUGGAGACAGUCACAGCUAUUUAACCCUCCUGCUACAGUUGCGCCUUAUGAGCAAGGUUUUGCGGAGGGACAGGGCAAUAGAGAUGCUGAUGGCGACAUUGAUAUAGUGGGGAGUAAGCUAACCCAUCUUGGUCUUGAGGAGGAGAGGUUCUGGAGGGAGCGGGAGGAGCAGGAAGCUGCCGGAGAGGAGGAUCCGGAGGAGUGGGCUCAGCAUGACGACUAUAUGACUCAGCUUCUGCUUAAGUUUGGUGACCGUGGUAUGCUGCACCAACUCCAACCUCAAUCCCUAAAAUCACCAAGCCCCAACAGUGACUCAACAAGGCUAAUAGGUGUGUCGGAUCCAUGGCUGAAGUCUGAUUCUACAUCUGUGGGCCUUAACCCCUCCUCUCCCACCCCUACCAGUCCCACUCAGAGCCAGACUUCUGAUCAAUCUCGAGCUAACAGCCUCAGUCCAGGCUUGAUGGACAAGAAACAUCUACCGGAGAUGUACUGGGCCCAGUCGCAAGAUGGCCUCGGUGACUCUGCUUAUGGGAGUCAUCCAGGUCCUGCAAGUGCAAGAAAGAUCCAAGAGCUGGAACUUGACCAAGAUCAGGAGCAGUCUGGAAUAGGUAAACAGGCUUUUUGGCCAGACACAAGACAGUGGUAUGAAGACUCCCUAGAAUGUAUCGCUGAUGAGUUGAGGAAGGUUGAGAAUGGUGUUGGAGACUCCAUGGACUCCCUUGCUUUGUCAAACAUCACUGGUGCUUCAGUGGAUGGAGAUGCACCCACAGUCUACAAUCUUCAUGCAGUUCAGGAUUCCUCUCUGACAGAGUGCGAGAACAUGAGCAACAUGGGAACCUUUAAUUCAUCCCAUAUUCACCACAGUGCCAACUCCCUUAGUCUCAACAUUGAAAAGAGAGUUGAAGAAGCAGAAAAUUCAGUGGCCCUUGGAAUGAGGGUGGUCCCUCCUGUAGGCCUUCACUCAAUUUCUCCACAUUCAGAGGGCCUUCCCGCAUCCUUUGUUCAGGCUCCAGCUCUAAGGAGGAGCAAGUCGCAUUCCAGGCCACCCCAGAUGGUCAAGUUCUCAGAGGACACAGUGGACAAUGGAUACAAUGAUGGAUAUGAGGUCACAGUCAUGAAACAUCCCAUGAGUGAGAAGCCACAGAGGAGAGCAUGCUGCCCAGAUGAGCUUGGCAGAGCAAGAAGCCACUCGACAAGCCAGCAUGGCAGAAGCCGGCCCCAACACCACCGACAGGGCCGGCGCCACAGGAGUCGCAAGACCCGUUCGGACAACGCCCUUCACAUGGUACCUGUGGAGAGAGCUCAAAGGCCAUUUGAACAUCAGCAGCAGGAUAUCGUAAACCCACAAUAUGGUGCGAUGCAUCUACAGCACCCUACACACAUGCUGCCGCUAUCCUACACUCAAACCCGAUCUGACUAUAUGAUCCGUAGUUCAAACCAGAAGGACUCACGGUUUGAACAUUUCAUGGGUCUCCACAGAGACGAGGACGAGUGGUGUUCCACUUGUUCCUCUUCAUCAUCGGACUCUGAGGAAGAGGGAUAUUUCCUCGGUCAACCAAUACCCCAGCCUCGAGCGGUUGGGCGCUACUACACAGAAGACUACCCGACGAGGGUGACUGCCCUCACGGCCCUCAGCCAUGGCUCACAGACUGGUCGGAGAAAAGGCCACAGCUCCAAAAACUGUAUAAUUUCUUAGCAAACCACCUUAAGGAUGUCGGAAAGUGCACUAAACAUGCAACAUUGUAAAGAUGUUAAGCUAGGUUUGUCAUAUUUUGUAAAGAGGCUAUUGUUAAGUUGUUAAGACACAUCUUACAUGUAUGCAAAACUGGCCAAAUGCUCAACAGUUAGCCUAUAGAAUGUGUGUAACGAGUGGAAGUCUUGAAAUGUUCACUUUGGCAACAGUAUAUAAGUGCAUUUUCUGGAGGUUGACAAUGGAAGUUGAACCUAGAAACUAACCGAAAAAUUAUUUAAUGUUUAGCAAGACAAGAAAAUUGUAUAUAAUAAGUUAAAAUUUCAGGACUGGUAUUUUUAUACUCAUUUGGAAGUGUAAAAACUGUUUUGUUUGAGGUAGAUGAGUAUAAAAAAAGAAGAGAAACAUGGUACAGCUUUAUUCACAGAGAAUGGUCUUGUUAUUCCUGAUUAUUUGCACCACCUCCCACAUUAUUUACUCAUAUUCCGUAUACAGAACUGGCAGAAACACACCCGUGUUUGGAUCUGAUCACCACCGUUGCCCUAAGAUAACCAAACAUAUGCUUUAUGAUGUAAAAGCCUGUAAUAAAUUUUUUUUUUCUCCAA